AUGUAUGACGAUGUGUUUGAACAUAUUUUGUGGAUUCUCCAAAUGCCUGAACCAGAUAUCGGCCGUAUAUACAUAUGGACAAUCAGCUGCAUUUUAUUUAUCUGUGUAGCUAUUGGAGCCGGCUGCCUUUUGGUUUAUAUGACCUCCCCUCGUUCUCCAUCCUCGGAUUUCCUUCCCAUUCUUGGUUUUGUCCUUGUUUGCAUGCCUUGGCUGUUUUGGAUCAUAACAAUAUUGUAUCGGAUAACGUCGAGGGCCAUCGGAUUUAGGAUGGUCGCCGGUAACUUGUACGGUAAUAGUAGCGCUACCACCAAGAGUGCUGGCAACAGAAGCACCGGUGGUGGUGGUGGUGGUGGUGGUGGUGGUGAUGGUGGUACAACUGCCUGUAAUAAUGAUAUCGAUGGUGAGAAAAUUCCUAAUGUGGGUGCGGACCCUCGACCGAAUUCUCCUAAAAAGGGUGAAGCUAAAAAUGACGGGCAAGGCAUCAAAAGAGGCACUAGGCCCUCCUCCACCAGUUCAAACGAUGUGUCCAUUAAUUCACAUGAGAGUGAAAUGCCAUUGUCCUCGUAA